AUCGUUUAAAGACCGAAUCUUUGGAGAGUGGCUAUUUCUGCCAACAAACAGUAAGAUGGCAGAUGAAAUAAUGUAGCCGUUCUGGAAGCGGUCACAGUUUACAGCGGUGCAGCUCCUGACACUAUGGGAACCGAGUUUACCGACUGGGAGAUGCGGGACAUCGCGUCAGGUUGUAAAAGUUCUCCUCAAUGAGUUUUACUGAUGGCUAACUGGCACUGUAUUCUGUAAUGCUAAGAAUGGCAUCCAGCCAUGAAGAGACAAAUGCACAGAUUUGUGACGCUCUUUUUUCUCUUGGCACUUUCUGGGUUUAUAAUACUCAUCUGCAACAUCACAUCUCUAGAGAAGUUGAGUGGACAAGUUAUGUCUACCUUCUGCCAAAUACAAAAUAGUAUCCACACAGCCUUUAAGUCCCCUGGAAUCCUGUGGCCACUAGAGUUAAACCACACAUACUGUGCACACUUUGGCCAGGAGCCUACAGCAGAUGAGGCAAAAGAAGAGCGACAUCUGCUUAAUUCGAUUGCAUGGCCUGGCCCCUUGGUGCAAGGCUUGCCUGUGGAGUUUAGCAGUGACCCUUCAAAAAGCUACUUUCUGAUUCAGGGACCAGCAGAGCAACGCAUAGGCGGUCACCUUGUGGUUAAUGUUCAUAUGCAGAACUUCCUCGGUCUGCCUAAGAAGCAUGGUGGAGAUUUCCUUAUAGCACGACUACAUACGCCUGAACUCGGUGCUGGCGUUGCAGGGAAGGUGCGCGACCAUCAUAAUGGCAACUAUACAGUGCUGUUCCCACUGCUGUGGACUGGCGUAGUGUGGGUGGAAAUUGCCAUGGUGCAUCCAAGUGAGGCAGUGGUGGUGCUCAAGAGGUUGCAAGAGGAGCAACCCAACCGGGUGUUUUUUAAAAGCCUUUUUCGCUCCGGCUUCUUAUCAGAGACUACUGUAUGCAACCUGUGCCUACCACUCAACGAACAACCACUCUGCAACUACACUGACCCUGAGACUGGAGAGCCCUGGUACUGUUACAAACCCAAAAUGCUGGGCUGUGACACACGAGUAAAUCAUUAUAAAGGGGGAUACAAGAAGAACCUCAUUACUGAAUAUGAAGCACAAUUCUUCCAGAGUGAUGUAAAUAUCAAAGUUCCUAUACAUGCAUCUGGGAUGGACAAUGUGACAAUAUUGCCUGCAGAGAAAGCCAAAGUCAAGAUAAAAAGUAAAUACAAUGCCGCUGGCUACUACUAUCAAAAUUCCUGGAGGCCUUUGAGUGGUAGAGUCAUCCAGCAUUUUAAUGACUCCUCAGCCAUAACACAUUGUCUUCGAGGGAAGAUCAUAUACAUGCUUGGAGAUUCCACUGUGCGACAGUGGUUUGAAUACUUCACUACUUUUGUUCCUGAACUUAAGGAGUUUAACCUUCACAGCCCUAAGAAUGUGGGCCCAUUCAUGGCUGUGGACAGCAGAAACAACAUUCUGUUAAGUUACCGGUGCCAUGGGCCACCCAUUCGUUUUACCUCAGUGCUUUCUGCUGAACUGCGCUAUGUAGCAAAUGAGCUGGACAGGAUCAAGGGUGGGUCAGAUACAGUGGUUCUCGUGAGUGUGUGGUCUCACUUCAGCACUUUCCCUAUUGAAGUGUACAUACGGCGCCUACGGCACAUCCGCAGGGCCAUGGUGCGGCUGCUGAACCGUGAGCCAGCUACCCUAGUGUUUAUCCGCACAGCUAACCUGCAGAAGCUUGACCCAGAGAGCAGCCUAUACAACAGUGACUGGUUCUCUCUACAGAUUGAUGCUGUUCUGCGUGCCAUGUUCAGAGGACUCAAUGUGCAGCUGCUGGAUGCCUGGGAGAUGACUCUGGCUCACCACCAACGCCAUCUUUUACAUCCACCUCCUACCAUUAUUAAAAAUAUGAUCAACCUGAUCCUCUCCCACAUCUGUCCAAUUGGGAGAAAAAAGAGGAGUUAACAAAAAAAUAAAGGCAGAUGCUAUGCCGAGGUGUCCGUAGACAACAGUUCUAUUUGCCUAUUGGAAUAGCCCAUGUGGAUAUACAGUAUGUACCCUUGUCUUCAUAGGCAACUCUGCUUUAAUGCAUAUUAUGUAUAGUAUACAGCCGACUAAAUAAUCUUAUUGGACGAGA